GAGCACUCGCUGCUGCUGCUGCUGCGCUGCCGCCUCUCUGUGCACCUCCAGCCUCCAGCAUGAGCACCACUGUCAGGCAAUUCUCCUCCUCCACCUCUCUCAAGGGCUUCGGCAGCCUCGGGGGAGGCUCCAGCCGGCUCUCCUCCGUGCGGCUCGGGGCAGGAGGCUACAGGGCCCCCAGCGUGCACGGGGGCUCCGGCAGCUACUCCGUCUCCUCCCGCGUGGUCUCGGGGCUCGGCAGCGCCUUCGGGGGCAGCUACUGCAGCAGUGCAGGAGGGGCCCUGGGCGGGGGCUUUGGGGGCAGCUAUGGGGCCGGCUUCGGGGCCGGCUUUGGAGGAGGCUUUGGGGGCGGCGAUGGCAUCCUGCCGGCCGGGGAGAAGGAGACCAUGCAGAACCUCAACGACCGCCUGGCCACCUACCUGGACAAGGUGCGAGCCCUGGAGGAGGCCAACACCGAGCUGGAGGUGAAGAUCAGGGAGUGGUACAAGAAGCAGGCGCCGGGUCCUGACCGUGACUACAGCCCCUACUACAGGACUAUCGAGGAGCUCAGGAACAAGGUGUUGGUGGCCACAGUUGACAAUUCCAACCUCCUGCUGCAGAUUGACAAUGCCAGGCUGACAGCAGAUGACUUCAGGACCAAGUUUGAGUCGGAGCAGGCUCUGCGCUUGAGCGUCGAGGCCGACAUCAACGGCCUGCGCCGGGUCCUGGACGAGCUGACUCUGUCCAGAGCCGACCUGGAGAUGCAGAUUGAGAACCUGAAGGAGGAGCUGACUUAUCUGAAGAAGAACCACGAGGAGGAAAUGACGGCCCUGCGUGGGCAGGUGGGUGGGGAGAUCAGCGUGGAGAUGGACGCUGCUCCCGGCAUCGACCUCACCAAGAUCCUGGCGGAGAUGCGGGAGCAGUACGAGAGCCUGGCCGAGAAGAACCGCAGGGAUGCUGAGCAGUGGUUCUUCAGCAAGACGGAGGAGCUGAACCGGGAGGUGGCCAUCAACACGGAGCAGCUGCAGAGCGGCAAGACGGAGAUCACGGAGCUGCGGCGCACGAUCCAGAGCCUGGAGAUCGACCUGCAGUCGCAGCUCAGCACGAAAGCGGCUCUGGAGGGCACCCUGGCCGACACCGAGGCGCGCUACGGCACGCAGCUGGCGCAGCUGCAGCUGCUGAUCAGCGGCGUGGAGGAGCAGCUGGCCGAGCUGCGCUGUGACAUGGAGCGCCAGAACCACGAGUACAGGGCGCUGCUGGACGUCAAGAGCCGCCUGGAGCAGGAGAUCGCCACGUACCGCCGGCUGCUGGAGGGCGAGGACGCGCAGUGCGUGAGGGGCUUCGCUGGGAGGUGAUGGGUCAUAGUAAAGGAAACAAAAUGAACCACCUACAUGCCCUGGAGGGUUCUCUCUGCCCAUUCCCUGACCCAUUCCAUGCAAUAGGGUCUCCAUUUUCAGUCCCACCUCUCCGCAGCAGCCCGGUGGUUGUAACAGCCCUACAGAAUCCCUGGGUUCCACCUCUCGUUCUUCCAUGUGUGUGUGAUCCUGGGUAGGGAGCAGGUGCUGCUUGUUGCAGCUGCAAUGGGUGCUGCACUGGUGUCUGAAUCUCUGUGUCACACACCCAUCCUCACCAGUUCCCUCCUUCAGCUGGGACGCUGCACUUUCCAGAAGCAUUUUAAUCAUGUGU